GAACUCGUAUCCGUUGGAAAAUGAAUUGGGAGUUCAUCUCCGAAGCUAAUUUACAGCUGACCGAAACCGAACAUCAAUAUUACAGUAAUAUAUUUCUGUAUUGCUGUGAACCAUCCGAUGAAGACAGUGUCCCGGUUGUUAAGGCCGCUGAGUUGUUACGUUCGGCCAAUUUACCCCGCGAUGUCACUGUAAAAAUUCUGGAAAUUUGUACAAGUCCUAAAGGCACAACACACUUGAAAAGAAAACAGUUUUACAUCAUAUUGAAAUUAGUUGCCGCGCAUCAAGCAGGAGUUGACAUACAGAGAGAGACAUCGACGCCAUUGGAGGUAAUAACAGCGUUGCCCAGAUUUACAUGGUCUUUGCUAGAGGAGGACGACGGAAGACACAGUUUGGAAUCAACAAAAAUAAUGAAGGGGAGAUCAAACUCGAGAUUGCCAGAGAGUACAACGGAAAGUGAGAGCGAGGCUGAGUCUCCGAGAGAAACAGGUGGAAGUACGGAUUCACCGACACCAACUAACAGUGUGACACAAGAGAGAAACGAGGGGAUAUUGGGGGGAGAAAACAUUUUGGACUCUGUGUCAGGAAGUUGGCAGGGUCUUUUGGUAUCGGAAGAGCAAAGACAGCUAUUGGGUACGGAAGAGGAAAGUUCUGAGCGGCACAGCAGUGACGAGGCUGAGGCUGAAGGUGACGCUGCAUCGUUUCCGCCCGAGGAAGUUUGGAUAAUAAGCGACGAGCAGCGUGAUUAUUACGCGGCUCAAUUUGCGCAGUUACAGCCUGAUCCUGAGGGCUUAUUGGCUGGAACAGUAGCUCGUACUUUCUUCGAAAAAUCACGGUUGCCUGUUGCUGAAUUACGACGUAUUUGGCAACUUGCGGAUGUAACUAGAGAUGGGGCGUUGAGUCUUCAAGAAUUUUACGUCGCGAUGCAUCUCGUUGUACUUCGACGCAAUCAUGUGCCGCUGCCCGACGUUUUGCCACCUUCUCUCGCAAUUCUCCCUGCAGUUGCUCCACCUGCUGCGGUUGUUCCACCAUCUGCCGUUCCUCCUCCACCACCUGUUACGACUCUGACUUUCGUCCAUUCCAAAAGCAAGGAAUGGACGAAAUUCGUCGAUUCACCAACCGGCACAAGCACUUCUCUAACUUCCCCAGGUCCCAAACCGGUUAAUUUCGAUUUCCAAAAAGCUGCCGUCGAACGUGAUCCCCGAAUUCUUCACCCUGUACCGCUCAGACUGACUCCCGAAGCCGCUAUACUCGCCUCUAGCGCCAACGGCACCAGCACCAACUCCAACGGCGCUGUCACUCUCGUCGAUGAUGAUGUUCAACUUUCUACCGUCACUCUUGUCCAAAGGCCACUCGCCAAAAAACCACCACCUGCACAACCCGACGACGCCGUUAUCGCCACACCAAAGAAAGAACCACCCCCUCCUCCGCCACCGCGGCCCUACAGAACUCACACGCGAAGUUCUAGUCUCGAUUUAAACAAAUUAGACUCAAUGUCUCCUCUUGGGCCCACAGCAAAAAUCGGACAAAACUUUCUCGGCGCCCCGCCUCUUGUGCCACCACGAGUUUCACCGGGAAUUACAUCUCCCAGGAAAUUAGUUGGCCAGAAAAGUGAAGGAGAGGGUCAUAGAACUAUGAGUGAAAGUCACGGAUUUGUAGCGGAUUUUUCUCACUUUUCUCCUAAAGGUGAUAACCCUGAAAAUCAAAUUGCUAGCGUGGAGGCCAGUGCUACACAAUCUCAACAAUUUGCCGGUGUUUGUGGCGCUUUUCACAUCUAUAGGAAGCCCAGUCCUAAACGUGGUGAAGGCGAAGACGAAACUGUAAAAGACGAGGCCGAGGAAGAGAGGACAUUGACGUUGCAAGAAUUGCGGGACAAAAACUCGGAGCUGCGUCUAGUGUGUGAGGAAUUGACUCGUGAAUUAGCUGGAGCACUUCAGGAAAGAAUUAAUCUUCGAGCUAAAUUAUUGCUCAUAACUUGAUCCAAUAAUUCUAAUUGCAGACUUAUCUUACGUUUUUUCAAUCACCAUUGCACCGCCGCAUUUUUCGCAUUCUUCUUCUUUUCGCUCUCACUGUUGAACCGCAUGUUAUACAUGCACACAUCGAUAAUCCGGGGAAGACGGAAACAAAUCGUAAAUUAAGAAAACCGCUUUCGUCGGAUUGAUUCAUGCCGAUACAUUCAUGCUAAUUAUGUCAAAGAUCUUUGCAACAAAACCUGAACCAUGCCGUUUUGUUAGAAAAAAUCCAAGAACGCCCAAACGUCAAUAAAUAAUGUAAUCGAUAAAUUCUCUGAUAAAUUCUCGCACUAUGGAUUAAAAUUUUUAUCAGAAAAACGUGACGGGAUGGUUUCUGGCAAAAUAUUUGUACAAUUCACUCUCGGUCUCAUUUUCAGUAAUUCACCAAAAUAAUUGAAGUGAUGCUUUGAAAGAAUUCACAAUUCGUAGAUCAAAACCAAAAUCGAUUGAUUCUCAAGCCGAAUUCAAUUGAAUGAAAAAUUUUAAGCCGACAUUUAUAAUUAAAAAAAUUAGAAGUAAACGGAAUAACAUACGCUACAGGACAUUUUUCGAUAUAAUUUUUCCGAAACGAAUGAAAGGAAUUUUUCUUCCGAAAUUCAUUGUUGAUAUGAUACAAGACGGUAUUCUCUUCAAAAUUCUCUGACAAAAAACACUCUCCGAAAAAAACGGCUGUUUGUCCUUGCAUGACCCUCGAUACUCGAAACACUGAUUCAUCUUUAUCAUUGCUAAAUACUAUGUUCGCAAAAUGCUUAUAUUGUCACCUGUAUCUCCCCUCCUCCUUUAAGAGUUAUUUAUGCACGCUGGGCGUCGAAGAACAAAGAGAGAGAGAGAGAGAGCGAGAGAGAGAGAGAGAGAGAGAUAGAGAAAAAAGAACAUAAUGAUCGUUGUAGUUUACAAGAAAUAUAAUACGUUACACGAUGAUGAAACUCUAUCGAAACCGCGAUUAAGUACUGUCGAUACAAAAAUAAAAGGAAAAGACGAAAAUGAUUGAACAAUCGAAUCGAAGCCAAAAUGUAUUUUCGUAUUUGCAAUAUAAUCAAAUUUAAUUAUUCGCGAGCUAAUUGAACCCGCUCAAGUGCGUGUUGAAUUUUCUGGGCAAUGUACGAUCGUUUGCGUUUAAAUACAGACUUUAAGGGUGCAUUGGCCUGUGGUCGCUUAACGGAAGAGAGAAUUUAGGAGGUUAAAAAACUAAAAAAAAAUGAAUCUCGAAGUUCGAAUAUAAAAAAAAAAUAUUGAGCUCUUAUCGCAACCAUCCAUUUAGUGAAGAUGUCUCCAACGUUUAUUACAAUUUAACAAUCCUCUAGACUAUUUAUGAGUAAUACUUUCUGUCUCCAUUUUCAGCAUUUUUUUGUUAGUACUUGAAAACGUGAUAAAAUAUAAGUUUCAGACUGAAAUGAAGAGAGGAAUUCCAUUUUUUUGCAAAUUUCACAAGGCCAGUGAAUCCUUAAUGCUCGCGGAAUAUAAUUGAAAAAAAAUUGAAUGAAAAACGUUAUCAUAUGGAUAUAAAUACGUGGUAAUUCUAUUGUAAUGUAUAUUUUUAGUUACAUUAGCUCGAUUUGUAAAUAAUUGAAUGAUUAGUGUACGAGGAUUUUAUCUCUCUGGGAUAAAUGGGCCUGGAACUGUAGAAUUAUAUAGAAAAAAGCAAAGAAAACUAAAACAGCCAAUUCCUCCAUUUUCUUUUCACUCAAUCUUUUUUUCAAUGCUUCAUCAACUGAUGUGAGUGUUUCCGUAGACAAAGUGAAAAAAAGAGAGAGAGAGAUUGAGAGUCGACUGAACAUGAAAUAACUUAUAAAAAAAAAAGUCAGAGUGGAACACCGGAUUGUGAUUUUUCAUUCGUUCUCGACGUUCGUUCGCUAAUUAAUUUAGGCAACCCACCGAGCGUAACGUCGUUUCGUGAUUAAUAAUAUUAUCAGCUUUCUUCGAUAUUGUGUACUAUAAGAAAAGAUUCUUGCGAGUCGUUAAAUUAUUGAGAAGAUAUUCUGUGCCAUAAGUUACGAUAUUUCGUUCUUAUUCAUUUAAAAAACAUCUUCGUUGCAAUCAUUGUUCAAACCGGUGAUCGGAUAUUCCCGGUUUUUUAUUUUUCUUCAUUUAUGUUCUAGCUUAUUGUCAGUUGAUAGAUUUAAAAUUAUUGCGAUAAUCCCACGAAGCUCGUAAAUAUCAUGCGAAACAACUCCCCGACGAGAAUCAUUUUUGUAUUUGUAUGAACUCCCUUGUAUUAUGUAUAUUAAGCUUAUUCGCCUCGAGCUCAUAUCCAAUUUAUCUUAUCAAAAACUCUUGAUUUUAUCUUUUGUAGUUUACCGCGGUGCGGAUUAAACGACUGUUGCAAAAAGAAAUAAAUGAACAUUUCAACAAUCACGACGAAAAA